CAUGGCAAUACAGACACAGGAACCUGGUCGUCCCCUCCACAUUCGCAAUCCACAACGCCAUCUUCGUGUGGAAUUAAAACAGCACUUUUUUCCAGACAAGGUUCUAAGAAGGAAGUGAAAAAUGAAGGGAGCCAAAGCCCACAGCGACGCACCAGUAGCUGACAAUAUCUCCGGCCCACCAAGGGACCGCAAGCCGGGUGGAGGGGUUCUAAAGAGGCUCAAGUCACGGAGGAAUCAGGUGGACCCCAGGCCCGUCACUGAGGAGGACCUGCAAGCGCGGAACGGAUGCGUCACGCCGGAGGAUGUCCUUGGACUGCGGGUGGCCACACGAGGCUACCUCUGUAAACCCGAGGACAAUGUUUAUAACGUCGACUUUGUACGCUUCAAGAUCCGAGAUCUGGAGACGGGCACUGUUUUGUUUGAGAUCGCCAAACCGCCACACUCAGAAGAGGACAACGAAAAUCGAGCGAGUGAUGCAAGCGCGGGCCGCUUUGUACACUACCAGUUCACCCCGGCUUUUCUACGUCUGAUGACCGUGGGAGCCACAGUGGAAUUCACAGUCGGGAACCGACCUCUCAGCAAUUUCCGAAUGAUCGAGCGGCACUACUUCCGAGAUCGCUUACUGAAAAGCUUCGACUUUGAUUUUGGCUUCUGCAUCCCGAACAGUCGGAAUACGUGUGAGCACAUCUACGAGUUUCCUCAGCUGUCCGAGAGCUUGGUUCGUCAGAUGGUGAACUGCCCCUCCGAGACUCGCUCUGACAGCUUUUAUUUUGUGGAGAACAGACUGGUCAUGCACAACAAGGCGGACUAUGCUUAUAACAGAAGACAGUGAAUCACUGCACGGGAUACACAUGCACACUCGCAUUUAUGUACACAUCAAACACAUAUCUCAAUAAAUUUGAAUCAUGUAUAAUAUUUAUUUAUUACACAGUGAGUCAUAAGUUUCACUUUCUGAAUUGAGCUAGUGAAAUAAAUGAACUGAUAUUCUUAA